UUCCACAACAGCACAGUCAGAACCACGUGGAAACCAGAGGUGUGAGCAGUUUUCACCCCUGCAGAGCUGUCUAGCAAGUGCUGACUGGAGACAAACAGAAGCAGUAACCUGCACAAGUUAAUGUGAUUACAGUAGCCAAAGUUGUGGCAGGCGUUGAGCUCCUGCGUCAGACUUUACGCACCAUGCGCCCCUGUGUGACUGGAAGCUCUGUGAUUUCGCAUCUCUGUGCGCGCAGAAAUGUUGCAUCAGGAGACAGUGCCUGAAUGAAGAUAACCCACGCGUACUGUGGAUUCAUACUGUCACGCUGACUUGGACGUCAGACCUCAUUCUGCACACUACAUAAGAUUGAAGACAAAUCACAACUUCUUUCUACUUGUACUUCCCCUGCUUCCUGUCUUGCCACUCUCUCACAACCUUCACCCUGAAGGAGCUCCUGUGUUGCAGCCAUGCCAAAGAACACUAAGGUGACCCAGCGGGAGCACAGCAAUGAGGCGGUCACUGAGUCUGUGGCUGACCUGCUGUCCUUGGAGCACCCAAUGGACUAUAAGAGCAGUCAGAUUAGCAUGGGUCUGAGUCCUGGCUCCACAGCUCCAGUUAAAGCCCUGCUGCCAUCCCCUGACCCGGACGCUGAGGAUGGCAGGCCGGCCUGGAACAACAAGAUGGAGUACAUCCUGGCCCAGGUGGGCUUCUCUGUGGGCCUGGGCAACGUGUGGAGGUUCCCCUACCUGUGCCAGAAGAAUGGUGGAGGUGCAUACCUGGUGCCCUACUUUAUCCUCCUCCUCCUCAUCGGCAUCCCCCUGUUCUUCUUGGAGCUGGCUGUGGGUCAGAGGAUCAGGCGGGGUAGCAUCGGGGUGUGGAACUACGUCUACCCACAGCUGGGAGGUAUCGGGGUCUCCAGUCUCAUGGUUUGUGGUUUUGUGGGCCUCUACUACAAUGUGAUUAUCGGCUGGAGCAUCUUCUAUUUCUUCAAGUCUUUCCAGUAUCCACUGCCUUGGGCUGAGUGCCCCAUCAUGAUAAAUGGAACUCAAGCCAUGGUAGUGCCAGAGUGUGAGAAGAGCUCAGCCACCACUUACUUCUGGUACCGGCAGGCUCUCAACAUCACCAGCUCUAUCGACGACACAGGCGGCCUCAACUGGAGGAUGACCCUGGCUCUGCUGGUGGCCUGGAUCAUGGUCUGUCUUGCUGUCAUCAAGGGCAUCCAGUCUUCUGGGAAGGUGAUGUACUUCAGCUCUCUCUUCCCGUACGUGGUGCUCUUCUGUUUCCUCGUGCGAGGCCUGCUGCUGAAGGGAGCUGUAGACGGCAUUGCUCACAUGUUCACCCCCAAGCUGGAAAAAAUGUUGGAGCCACAGGUGUGGCGGGAAGCAGCCACGCAGGUUUUCUUUGCUCUCGGUCUGGGCUUUGGAGGUGUCAUCGCUUUCUCCAGCUACAACAAGCGAGACAACAACUGCCACUUUGAUGCAGCGCUCGUCUCCGUCAUUAACUUCGUUACCUCCAUCCUGGCCACUUUAGUUGUGUUUGCUGUCCUAGGUUUCAAAGCCAACAUCAUGAAUGAGAAGUGUGUUGUCGACAAUGCAGAGAAGAUCCUGGGCUUCCUGAACACAGGUGUGCUGAGCAAAGAGCUCAUCCCUCCUCACAUCAACUUCUCCCAACUGUCGGCCCAGGACUAUGCAGAGAUGUACGGCGUCAUUAAGACAGUGAAGGAUGAAAACUUCGGACAGCUGGGCCUGGAUGCCUGCAUACUGGAGGAUGAACUCAACAAGGCGGUUCAGGGCACCGGACUUGCCUUCAUCGCCUUCACAGAGGCCAUGACACAUUUUCCUGCCAGCCCCUUCUGGUCCGUCAUGUUCUUCUUCAUGCUGAUCAACUUAGGUCUGGGAAGUAUGAUUGGCACCAUGACUGGCAUCACCACACCCAUACUGGACACUUUCAAGAUCCGCAAAGAGAUUUUAUGUGUGGCGUGCUGUGUCAUCGCCUUCCUGUUAGGCCUGCUGUUUGUGCAGCGUUCAGGAAAUUACUUUGUGACCAUGUUCGACGAUUACUCGGCUGGUUUGCCUCUCACUGUGGUGGUGAUCCUGGAGAACAUCUCUGUGGCCUGGAUCUACGGCACAAAGAGGUUCAUGCAGGACCUGGAAGACAUGCUUGGUUUCAGGCCGUACUCUUUCUAUUACUACAUGUGGAGGUAUGUGUCUCCAGCUAUUCUUGUGUUGCUCAUCAUUGCCACCGUCAUCGAGAUGGCCGUCAGCCCUGCAGGAUACAAUGCCUGGGUGGAGUCUGAGGGUGCAGAGAGUUUCCAUAGCUACCCCCCCUGGGCGUUAGCCAUGGCCUACGCCCUCAUUGUGGCGGCAAUGCUGCCUUUACCCCUCGUCUUCAUCGCCCGCCACUUCAAUCUGAUCUCAGACGGCUCCAACAAGCUGUCCGUCUCCUACCGUAAAGGGAUGAUGAAGGACAUGUCCAACCUGGAAGAGCAGGACGAGCAACGCUUCAUCCUCAGUAAGAACCCCAGCGAGGCUCCCUCCCCGAUGCCCCCGCACCGCACCUUGCUGGGCCCCGGCGGUGCCCACGAGAUGACCAACACCAACUACGGCACCAGCACCAAGACGGGCUACCAGAACAUAGGCUCACCCGAGUCUGAGUUAUGAUCCACUGAGUUCACAGAUCCUCCUCUGUCCUUUCAAACCCCCCGGCUUACUCGGAGAGAGGGAGACACGGUGAGGAAAGGAGGAACAGAGGAGGUCAGGCAGAAGAGAAAAUCCACUGCUGCUCUUCUUCUCUGCAGUGUUCAUCACACCUUAACCCACAAAGCCAAAACCUUUCAUCAACCCUUUUUAUGCUCCAUCGCUCAUCACCUGUGGGCCCUCCUUUCUUCCAUGCUGCUUAUCUCCUUGCUGUAAUGAAGGGAUCAUGGGAAUGUGAGUCCCAUCUGGUAUGACCACUGUUUCCAUCUGUUUAACGUUAAGUAGAGGAAGGAGUGAAGCACAGAAAGGGAUCAAAUACAGGUUAUGUUUUCUAAUAAGCUCUGGCGAUGUUAAAAUGUGUGCAACGCAGAAGAUUUACUUUGUACUGAACCGUCAAAGUCAGUCAUGAGUACACAGAAGGUUAUUUUUGAGACAGCUGGAUGUUCCUAUAUCUCGGAGACCAUCGUCUUAUUCUGGUUCAGAUGCAGAAGAUUGUUAUUUGUGGGGGAUAGGAUGGAAGGAGACUCGCUGUAUGGGAUCAUUUCUCAUUUAGAAAAAAACACAACCACUCCAAACCAGUAUGUAACAAAUGAUUCUGAUAGCGUAAACAGUGUUAAUCUUUAAGUUUAUUGUGCCUCUCAUGCAUCAGCAAUAAUAUCCAGUCAGAUUCUUGUAAAAAAAAAAAAUGUGGAUCUCCUUCUAUUCUUCUUCUCCCACUCAUGUAGAAUACUGUAAAUAAGUGUUGAUGUCAUAGUUGAUCGUGUAUAAUCACAGCAAUAGUGCACCUCUUCAUUUCUUCUUGGCGAUCACAGAAAGCACAGAAGUCAGACGUGUUAAGAGCAUCUCUCAGCCUUAACACAGAGAAGCACUUUUCUUUUUAAAUGUCCCUCCUCAUGUCAUAUCUGAGCUGUUCCAGUUGCAGCUGGACUCCACAAAGCUUUUCCAUUUUGAUCCAUCAUUUCAAUCAAGCGUUUCUGUUUUAAUCGAUGCCUUUCGAAGGGCUGAGGUGGUAGUGCACAGGCAGAGAUAAAGCUUGUGCUUUAUAAGCUCUGGGUGUUACAAAGGCAGAGCGAGUAGAAAUUGGAAAUGUGAGCUUUUUACCUCUGUGUCAAGAGGCGUUUGUCGUGUGUGCAUCGGUGUGUUGUCUGCCACUGAAUGAGAGCCCCCAGUGACCCUUCCGCUUUAAAAAUAGAGCAGCGUUACCCAGGGGAAGCCUAGGCAACAAGGCACAAUAGAGACAGAUCCUCUUGUGAUGUGGAGGAGGACGGGGAGAGCAGACCCUUGCUUUGUCUGCUCCACCUGCACGGCUGUUUGUGCAGCAACACAGGGAUGAGAUGCUUACUGUCCUACAUGAAUAUAUCUCUGAUGUUAUAACUGCGUAUUGAGUGAGAGAUUAACUGCCAUGUGGAUUUAUCAUACUUCAUCCCCAGUUGGAGGUUUAAUUGUUGUACAUUCCAAAAAUUCUGACAUUGUUUCAUAAGCACUACAACUAAACUAUGAUCUAUUUUUGUGAACUGAGGUCUGAAAACUGAAUUAUUUUAUUUUUAUUUUUAAUGUUUAAACUUGUAAAACAAUGUAUGUUUAGGGGCUUGAUGUGAAAAAUAUUCUGUGAUAGAUGUGUUUGGAAUAAGUGGUAAUACACAUGUUUCACCGCUAGGGGGCUCUGAAGGCCAGCAGAGGAGGCAGUAAUACGCUCUCUCUCUCGUCUCGUGGCCCCUCCCUGAGACAACACUGAUACUUGAGUCACAACUGAUGUAGUGAAGUCAGUUAUAUUGUUUGGUGCCUGAACAGCAUCUCCGUUGUCUGGUUGCCUUAUGCUUUUGUCACUUUGUUCUGUUGUUUACGUAGUGUGUUCGUGCAGAGUUAGGACCAGUGUCUUGUUUCAUUCACUUGAGCACUUUAAUUAGGUGGAGACCCUGGAGUUUUUUUUUUUUUAUGGAUUUGCCGAAUAUUUUGUGGAUUUUUAUCAUAAAUUUCAAGAAAUCUGUCACAGAAUUUGAAUAGUAAUAUUUAUAUAUACAGAGAAAGAUUGGUCUGAAUGCUCCUGAAAGACAUCUGGCUUCUUGUGUUAGUGCUGUAGAUCUUUAGGUCACAUCUGUGUCUGUAAUUUAGACUUUUGUGCACACUAAUGAGAUGAAUAACAAUAUUAUGAUAAUAUUGAUUCAGCAUGAAUUCCCCUAUUUUUUUCCUAUUCAACACAGCUUUCUUAGAUAACUUUAUGUUGAUACAUAUUUUGUUAUAAUGAUAUUAAGAAUUACAGGAUUUAGUGAGAUAGAGUGAAUCACUGUAAAUAACCAGAGAUCAGACACAUCGUAUCUUUCCCCCAUGGUGUCUAAAUCAGGGGAAUGGUGAUGGUUUCUAUUUAAUAUACACUGUCUGCUGCCGGGUAUAUUACUGAAGAUAUAUUUUACUUACAAAUACAGGAACAACGUGCAAAAAGAUAGACGUACUGCUGUGUGAACAGGGGGCACCAAAGUCCUCCCAGAUGUUAUAGAUGAACAGUUAAAAGAGUUUUUAAAAUGUUAAGAUGUCAGAUCAAAAACAUGUCCAGGGUCUUAAUUUGAGUUCAACAGAUCUACCUGGAAAAAAUGCACAAGAAACCAGAUGUUUUCAGCCAAAUGACUUUAAUCACAAAUGGCACAUAGCAUGAGGUUAGAGCACUCGCAUGCAGCUCUGGAGUUAAAGCACAUUCACAGAAGCACAGGAAAGAGAGCACAAAGUCUGUGAAAAAGAAUGCACAUGUUAAAACUGCUUCUGCCCAAGAAGCACUGUUAGUUUGUUCUGCACUUCGACUGGGGCUACAGAUUCAUCUGCACAAUUAUGAGAAAACAUGCGAGAGCACAACGAAAACAGGAAACAGCCACCUGCAGUUUGUCAAAGAGUUCCCACUUCCAGGCACAGCAUGCCUUGCCUCUGAACACUUCCAACACUGCACAGUGUAAAAAUGUCUUCUAAUAUGAAAUGGAAAUCUUCAUUCAUUAUUCAUAUUUAAAUGAAUAAUAAGAAAGCAACAACUCCAACUCCAGGGUCUCUUUGUGUUGUCCACGUGUCGGCUGUGUUGCAUAAUGUACUACAAGGCAACUUUUGGAGGUUAAUCUGGCAAAUCUUUUGGAUUAACUUAAUAAAAGUAAAGACAUUUGUGUUGAUUUAACCGUGGAAGUCUCUGUGUGACCUAACCCAUAGUUAUAUUUAUAGUAUUUAAGAGGAUGUAUUUAAUCUGUAAAUAUUGAUGUAUAUUCGGAUAAAUUCUCACUGAGUGUCUAUUCUGAGUAUGAGUGACAGGUUGUAUACUUGAGCUGUAAAUAAUAAUUGUAUAUUUGGAGAUAUUUUUUGAUUUUUGUACUGUAGGUAAUGUUACGUUGGUGUCUGUUGGUUUCUGGUGUUAGUGUGUGGUUGUUCUGAUUGUGACUGUGUGUGAGUGGGUGAGCGUAUGUUUGUGUUUGGGUGUGUGUGUGUGUGUGUGUGUGUGUGUGUGUGUGAGAGAGAGAGAGAGAGAGAGAGAGAGAGAGAGAGAGAGAGAGUGUGUGUGUAUAAAGUAAAGCUAUAUGUAAGUUUUGGUGUUUAAAUGUGUGUUUUUUCUCUUCUCUCAGUGUUGUGUGCUGCUGAUCUAAAUCCGGUAGAUUCAAUCCUGUUGUUACAAAGAACUGGGACCAUUAAUGUAAGCAAUCUCCUCUCCGAGUUUCUCACUGAAACUACGAGCAGCUACCGGCACAAAACUGGCAACACAAUCAGAAGGAAAAUGUUUAGUUGUGUGCAGAAACUUCCCCUUUUCUUUGGUUGAAGACAUUGAUGGACUGUCUGAACAUGAUGGAACAAACAGGAAAUUAAAAAAACACCACUUUUAUUAAACCGAA